AUGUCGCGACUUUCAGUACUAUCGACCGCCUCGUCCAUUGAACAUGUAUCGUCCAACGUUCCCCGGCCACCCCGACCCAGUAUACUCGAUAGAAAUCUGAACAAGACUCGUGUGGCAGACGUUUCUGGAUCAGCGUUUAGCUUCCUUUUCUCUGAACUCGUGCAAUACACACAAAGCCGAGUAACAGGUAUCAAUGACCUCGAACGGCGUUUAAACACACUCGGAUACCGUGUUGGCUCUAGAGUCCUGGAGAUUACCGUUUGGCGAGCGGAAUCCUCCUCAAAAGCACCCAAACGCGAAAUCAGACUUUUACCAGCUCUCAUGUUUAUUCACACACACAUAUGGCGUGCGGUAUUCGGGAAACCUGCGGAUGCGAUUGAGAAGAGUGUUGAGAAUGCAGAUGAAUAUAUGAUUGUAGACAACGAUCCUCUGAUCGAAAGACACAUCUCUGUACCGAAAGAUUUUUCUCAGCUUAGCUGUUCGUCAUUCACGGCUGGUAUUGUCGAAGCUGUUCUUGAUGGUUUAUGUUUUCCUGCCCGAGUUACCGCUCAUAACACUCCCAAUUCACAAUACCCUUCUCGGACUACGAUUCUCAUCAAGUUAGAGAAGUCGGUGUUGGAGCGAGAGGAGGUUUUGAAGACGUAG